GGAUUUUUUUUUCCAUUGUUUUGGUUUUUCUCAUUCUUUGUUUUAAUUGUAAUUAAUUUGUUUAAUUGACUAAUUGUUUUCACUUUAAAAUUGUAUGUUUAUUGAAAUUGUAAUUUUUAUUUAUGGCUCAUCUUCUAAAGAAUAGUUUGAUGGUGGAUACUCAUCAUUUCUCUAAGACAAAUGGUUCCAAUUUAGGUGUUGCUCCAGGGGUAAUCGAGCCAAUUGAUUCUCCAUUGAAAAUUUUUGUUCUCGCCAAGAGAAAGAUUAAUAAUAUCUUUGUGGCCAUUGAAAGUUAUGUCGAUGAGAGUAAAAUUUUCUUGGAAGCUUGUCGUAAGGAUGUUCUUGAAACCGAUGCUUUAACCAAUGUGGUUAAUUUAUCUGAAAGAGUUUGUAAUAUUCGUGAGGUUCUCAGAAGGGAUCACAUGAAAGUUGCUUUCUUUGGACGUACAAGUAAUGGUAAAUCAACGGUUAUUAAUUCAGUUCUGGGAAGGAAAAUUUUACCAUCUGGAAUGGGUCAUACAACCAAUUGUUUUCUACAAGUUGAAGGAUCGGAUACUGAUGAAGCUUAUCUUGUUUUGGAAGAUGAUCCCGAUGAAAAGUUAAACGUUGAAUCUGUUUCCCAUUUGGCUAAUGCUCUUAAUUCAGAGAAAUUGGGUGAUGCUACUUUGGUUCGAAUUUUCUGGCCUAAAAAUAAAUGUUCUCUUCUUAAAGAUGAUGUUGUUCUUGUGGAUAGUCCAGGUAUCGAUGUCUCACCAAAUCUUGAUGAAUGGAUUGAUAAACAUUGCUUAGAUGCUGACCUGUUUGUCUUGGUUUCCAAUGCGGAGUCAACUUUAAUGCGAACAGAAAAAGCUUUUUUCCAUAAAGUGAGCGAGAAAAUUUCAAAACCAAACAUCUUCAUUUUAAACAAUCGCUGGGAUGCAGCUGCAAGUGAACCGGAAAAUCUGGAACGUGUUCGUAAACAACAUACCGAUCGAAGUGUUUCCUUUCUUUCCGAUGAACUUAAAGUUGUCUCACGAGCUGAGGCACCGGAAAGAGUUUUCUUUAUAUCUGCUAAAGAAGUUCUUAUCUGGCGAACCCAAGAAUCCCAAGAAAAUGUUAGCUCCACAUUUCCGGAAGGAUUUCAACAUCGUUACUUUGAAUUUGAAAAUUUUGAAAGAAAAUUUGAAGAAUGUCUUUCUAAAUCUUCGAUAAAAACCAAAUUCGAUCAACAUGCCAGACGUGGUUAUAGUAUAAUUAAUGAUUUAAGUUUACUGCUGGAUAGUAUUCAUAAAAAUUCAACCAAUCUAAAGAAUAGAAAGUCAACUGACCGUUCAGAGGAAGCUAAACGCUUGGAGAUGACCAAUUCAAAUAUGUCAAUGUUAACAAGUGAAGUUAAACAUAAGAUAAUCAAUAUUGUUGAUCAAACGGAACAGAAAGUUAAUUUAGCACUGAAAGAGGAGAUUCGUCGUUUAUCACUUUUGGUUAGUGAUUUUGAGAGGCCAUUUUCAGAUGAUUCUAAUUACCUGUCUACUUAUAAGAAGGAGUUACAUAGUCACGUUGAGAAAGGAUUAGAUUCAAAUAUGAGAGCUCGUCUUACAACCGAAUUAUCUAAUUGUGUGGAAUCUGCUCAAAAGGAGAUGAUCGAAAGGGUAACCUCUUUAAUACCCGAAGAAGAGAAUAAGAAAAUUGACUUUUUAACGUUCAGAUCAAGACAAAGUUUCGAGAUUCUUUACAGAAUAAACUGUGAAUCACUUUGUGCCGAUUUCCAGGAAGAUCUUGAAUUUCGAUUCUCUUUUGGACUAUUAUCAAUGAUACGACGAUUUCGAAGUGGAAACUUUUUCGGUAAAGGAUCAAAUUCAAUACCACGAUCUGUACCAUCAACAGCACCACAAACACCAAGCAACGAUUAUAAAUCUAUUCACAAUAAUUCAACUGUAUCUUCGGAUGCUGAUUUAUUACCAAUUAUUGAAAAGUUAUCAUUUCUCAGUGGCACACAGUCACAAACAACACUUGGUGCAUUGGCACUCGGCGGGUUUAUGGUGCGAACCAUUGGUUGGAGGGUAAUCGGAGUGACACUUGGUGUUUAUACUUUCCUUUAUUUCUAUGAGAGGUUAACAUGGACUAACAAGGCGAAAGAGAAAGCCUUUAAAAAGCAAUAUGUUAACCAUGCAACUCGCAAAUUAAAGUUAAUUGUUGAUUUGACAAGUGCUAAUUGUUCACAUCAAGUUCAACAGGAACUGACCGCGACUUUUGCACGUUUAUGUCAUAUGGUUGACUCGAAUAUGAAAAAUGUUCAAUCAGAAAUCAGUAAAUUAGACGCUGAAAUCAGACAAUUAGAUGAGAUUGGAAACAGUUCGAGAACGUUGAAAAACAAAGCAAGCUUUUUAUCCAGUGAAUUAGAUAAUUUCACCCAUGUUUAUUUGCACGAUGAAAGUUGACCACAAGUUGACCACAAAUGCUAACGAGAAAAUCCUUCAAAAUCAUCAAUCUAAUCAAAACCGUUCGUUACCAGUGAACAAUCAAGAAAACAACUUCCCACUAAAAUACUAAUUGUUUUUAAAUAGAUGCAGAUUAACAAUUAACAGAUGAUUUACUAAUCUCUAUUGUAAUUGCUUGUUAUUGAAGAUCAACAAUCAAAGUUAAUUGUUUCUCUCACCAGUUUGAAAACUUUAUAUUUAUAGUAAUAGUUAUUGACUAUUAAUCAAUUGUAACAUAAAACAAAAUUGAAAUGCUAUUAAUAGUAUUUAAAAUUUAUUGAUUGAAAUACAAAUUUCGUUCAAUUAAUUAAUAGAAAAUUUAAAAUCAUA